CAGGCGCCACAAGAACUGCUGUAGUUAGGCGUGCUCCACGGGAAAACCCUUAACAAAAUAACAACUGUCCAAUAUUUACUAGAGGAUAAAUAACGCAGGGGUCUAUAUUUCAAUCUGAGAGUGAAAUGCAAAUCUUCAGGAUGUAGUGAAAUCUGAAAUCUGUCGCGUAACCCUAGGCAGUGCUCCUCGUGUUUUUUCUCUUUUCUUUUUUUAAAUACAGUACAUAUAUAGUUCCCUGACUUUUUGCAACAACGAAAGAAAACAAACUUCUUCCUUCCAGGGAAAGAUCAACUUAAAUUUCAGUACUGAAUAAUGCUGAUUUUCCACCUGGAUGGCUAUGAAAAUUGUAUUACAUUGAAAUCCGGCACCUUUAUGUCCCGUAUUUCCCUGAGCACCAGCUUCAGUAAGAUGGCUUGAAAGUCACCACCAGGCUACCGCGUUUGAUUUAUCGUUUUUUUUUUUCCGGAGUCCUUCUCUUUCUCCUUGGCCACGUCACGUGCAUCGCCGGCGAACUGCGUUUAUUUAAAACCCUCCGCAUCUUAAAUUCGGCAAUUCAUAAAACUGAUUUUUUUAUAACCCGACAGCCACCCUACAGUAACGCAGCAAUCGGAAGGACUUACUCACACCGAAUGUCAUUUGGUUAAAUGUGCGUGUUGUUCACCAGUCAAAUUAGGUUCGGCUUUCCUUAGCAGUGGGUUGAUAUAUCAUCACGCUGAUUAAUCAGGAAUAACGCUGAUUUGGGAUUAUGGAGAUCCCAGUCGGGUUAGGAGGAGUUUGUGACUCCCCACGCACUGUUUUCCGCGGACCUUACCCAAGCGUUUUACAUAACUUACGAGCUGCGCUUCAGAGUAACAGCGCUGACCCGGAGGACUUUGACUUACAUCCCAGGUACAGUUUCUCGCAGGAUAAAAAGCCCUGCGAGAUCGGACAAACUAAUAUGCAGUCAGCCCGCAAGGGACACGGAUUACAUUAUGGGACCUCCUGUGAUUCUCACGGCGCAGUGACGGAAGAAGACAGGAGUUCUUGCUUUUCUACGGUACCGGACGCCGAAACCAAAUCGGGCCAUUUUUCCCUGAUCCGACUGGAUCGCAAAAAGGAGAUUACUAAGCUUGAGAUGGACGGUGUGGAGACCGUACGCGGUCCCUUCGCCCUCGGUUUGCAUAAGGGAUCCUCUCUGCCUAAAGCGCCCUGUCAUAAAGACAUUAAAUCGCCCGGUGACACAUGCAUGGGGGGUAUCGGAACCGAGUCCGCCUGCACCACUAUCUCGGAGACGGCCAGGGAGUUGUGCAACGCCGUCUCCGUGUCUCUGGGUUUUAACGUGGACCGAAACGAGGGCGAUCGGGGAGUGGAACACGCGUCCACUUUCCAGCACGACCAACGCCAGGAGCCCUAUUUAUUUGAAGUGCCUCCUUACCAGCACGCCGAAGACGGGACAAGUACCCCGCUAAAUUAUAAAUGCUUCAUUACUCACCAAGAAACAACGUUAAGCGACAGCGAUAAGCAUGGCGAAAUGUUUAAGGCGACCGAUUUAAGCGAGUUGCCCUGCGAAGCGAUGCCUUUGCAAAACGUAAGGGGAAGCCGCUCCAGAUGGGAAGAGCAGCCCGGGAUGCUUUCGGAGAUCAAAUUCUCAACUUGCAGAAACACGGAUACUUUCUUUCUGAAUUGCUCUAAUAUGCACAGGGCAUGCCUCGACGCCCAGGUGCUGCCAACAAACACGGCAAACUAUAAUCAAAACGAUGCUCUGCUGGUUGUACCCAACAGCCGCGCAACUAUCGUCGCGCAUACAUCUCCUAGUCUCGCGAACGAACUCGAGCAGAACCUGGACAACAGUCGCGCCGAUAAUCUGUCCCACAACAUCAAGAUGACAGCAAAGCAAAUAAAUAAGACACCUCCGGGGCCUUGGGAUCUCCAAAACACGAGUAACGAGAUCUACGACGCCCCGAAGGGCCAGCCUAGACCCGCCGCGUACCAGUAUGGUACCAGAUCCUGUAAUUCAUUUGUUUGCAAUCCGUACGAGCACUGGAAAGGGGAUGCUGCGCGGAAAAGGUCCGCUUAUGAGCCCUGGUACCCCGGCGGGAUGUUCGGCUGGACUCCCUACUCCGGCUCCCAUUGCUUGAAAAACGACAGGCUAGACGGACCUUAUCCAGACUUCAGGUUCGAGGACGGCCGAGAUAGCGUGUUCCCCCUGGAGUUCUUCAUCCCGCCCCAGAGGACCUGUCUGAUCUGCGGGGACGAGGCUUCGGGCUGUCACUACGGAGCGCUCACAUGCGGCAGCUGCAAAGUCUUCUUCAAGAGAGCCGCCGAAGGGAAGCAGAGGUACCUUUGUGCCAGCAGAAAUGAUUGUACCAUUGAUAAGCUCAGAAGGAAGAACUGCCCAUCCUGCCGGCUGAAGAGGUGCUUUGAAGCUGGAAUGACUCUCGGAGCUCGCAAGCUGAAGAAGAUUGGGCAGCUGACAUCUCCAGAUGAUCCUCAAAGUCAGGGCUUGGCUGAUGCCGUUCCCUAUGUCUCUCCCAAGUCUGCCCUCAACUUCCACUCCGAGCAGAUGUUUAUUAACAUCCUUCAGAACAUCGAGCCAGGCGUGGUGAACGCCGGACACGAUCAUGGCCAGCCGGACUCUGCGGCCUCUCUCCUUUCCAGCCUCAAUGAACUGGGGGAGAGACAGCUUGUCAAAGUUGUUAAAUGGGUCAAGGGGAUGCCAGGUUUCCCAAAUUUGCAUGUGGACGAUCAAAUGACUGUCAUUCAGCACUCCUGGAUGGGGGUAAUGGUGUUUGCCCUGGGCUGGAGGUCUUACAAGAACGUGAAUGCCCGUAUGCUGUACUUUGCACCUGACCUUGUAUUUAAUGACCGGCGAAUGCACGUCUCCAGCAUGUAUGAGCACUGUGUCCGGAUGAAGCACCUCGCCCAGGAAUUUGACCUGCUUCAGGUCACUCAGGAAGAGUACCUCUGUAUGAAGGCCCUCCUACUCUUCAGCAUCAUUCCAGUGGAGGGUCUCAAAAGUCAGAAGUAUUUUGACGAACUGCGGAUGACGUACAUUAAUGAGCUGGAUCGCCUCGUAAGCUACAGGAACAAGGUCAACUGCUCUGAGAGAUUUCUCCAGCUUACCAGACUCAUGGAUUCCCUUCAACCGAUUGUGAGGAAGCUCCAGCAGUUCACGUUUGACCUCUUUGUGCAGGCUCAGUCGCUCCCAUCAAAGGUCACUUUUCCAGAAAUGAUAUCUGAGAUCAUCUCCGUGCAGGUGCCAAAGAUUCUUGCUGGUAUGGUCAGGCCAAUUCUGUUCCAUAAGUAGCCGCUAAUGUCAGCCAUUUUCCCUGUAGCAUUUCUCACAUCGUUGUCUGACGUUUUUCCAUCAGUUGGUUCCAUUAGCCAUUAAAAUCUGUCACGAUUACAGUUGCUUAGCCGAUAAUCAGGUGUAAUCGACAUCAUUUUCUAAAUUAGGGAUGGUUUAUGACUUAAGGUACUUUUUUAAUGUAAAAUACCCAUGUUUUGCUUUUUAUGGUGGUUCUCUUGGGGCGUCCGUCAUGUAAUUUUUUGGAAGGAUAAUACUGCGUCCAAGGAAGAGAGACAUAAAUGAAUCAUUUUCAGGAUUAAGAGAUUAAUGACAAAUAUGCAGUUAUUAAUACAUCGAUGUUUGUAGUUAUGAUAUGAAUGAAUGAUUUCUACAUAUUCAUCUUGGCUUCUCAGAUUACAAAAUUCUUUAAAAAGCAAAAAAUAAAAAAUAAAAAAAAUCAGAUAUAGUCAGAUCUAGGUCAAUAACUCAUACCCUGUAUCUAUAUUGCUGCCAACAAAUGCUUAUAGGUGUAUUCUCCUUAUGCAUAUGCCGGCAUAUACUCAUGCAUGCAUAAAUACACAUACUACAUGCAGCUUCCCAAAUUCUUUUUGAAAUUUAAAUGUAUUUGUCAAGAAUAUCAACUAAGAACAAAUAAAUGUAUAAACUCAUUCAUUUAUAAAUUGUCAUGAUGCUUGUCAGAAUCACACACAGCACAAGUAAAUAGCUAAUUCAUGGUAUAUUUGUGAACAAUAUCGUUUGGCAAGUCAUUGUUUCAUUUGUACAAUGUGAUGUUUACAAAAGAUGUGAAAUGUAAUGCCCCUCUCAACAAACGCUAAAGGAAUAAGCUUGUUUUGUUAACUUUUUAUUAUUGUUAUUCUUUUUUUAUAUUGCAAUUCUCAUCUUGUAAAGCUGCCAUUGUUUGUGAUUACUGGCUUGUGCAGUGAUUCUCAAAGAAACGGGUCUCCGGUAUUAAACUGUUUGUGACUCUUCAUA